AUGCUGGCCUCACUUCAGUCUCUGGCCUUGAGCCUUUCCGUACUGGUUGCGACGACCGCGGCGCAGUCCAACCUCGUCGUGUCCCAUUUCAAUGGCAACGUCUACUCGCUAGACUUCUCGGGCUCGCAGUUGGCGAUCAAGCAGACGCUCAAGGCCGGUGGGACGUGGCCGGCGUGGGUGACAUAUGACAACGAUACCCGCACCGUCUACGUCAACGACGAGGCCGGCUGGGUUGCCCCGACCAUCACCGCGCUCAGUGUCUCUGCCGACGGAACCCUGACGCAGACGGCUGCUGCGAGGAGCAAUGGCGAGGUGCACAGUGGCUUGUACGGGGGUGCAGAUGGCAAGGGGUUCAUUGCUGUAGUUCAAUACGAAAACUCGGGCAUAUGGACAUACAAGCUGCCCAUCACAUCCUCCUCCCAACCGCUCCAGAAGCUCGGGCCCUGGACCAUGUCCGGCUCCGGCCCGGUCCCGUCCCGCCAGAACAAGCCGCAUCCGCACUCUGCCUUCACCGACCCUACCGGCCGCUUCCUGCUGACCGGCGAUCUCGGCGCCGACCUAAUCCGCGUCUUCUCCAUCGACUCGGCCUCUGGCCAGCUGACGUCGUGCGCCGACGUCAAGACCGGAGCCGGCGACGGGCCCCGCCACGGCACCUUCUGGACCUCUGGCAACUCGACGGUCCUGUACGUGGUCAACGAGCUCGCCAACACCGUCGCCGCCUACCGCGUCGGCUACCCCUCCGGCGGCGGCGGGUGUCUGAGCCUGACCAGGUCCCAGACCAUCUCCACCGUGGGGCCGGGCCGGACGGCGCCGGCGGGCUCCAAGGCCGCGGCGGUGCAGCUCGUCGCCGGCCGCCACCUGUACGUGACGAACCGCAACGACAAGACGUUCGGCGCCCAGCAGGACGCCAUCGCGCUGUACUCGGUCUCGCCGGCCGACGGGCUGCUGACCUUUGUCGAGACCUCCAACUCGCGCGCCUUCUUCCCCCGCACUAUGCAGGCCAACAAGGCCGGCACCAUGCUGGCGGUCGGCGGCCAGACGUCGAGUAACGUCGUCAUCUUGGAGAGGAACGCCCAGACCGGCAAGCUGGGCCGCGUGCUGGCGAACUUGGUGGUUGGGACGCCGGGUAGGGCCGGUGAGGAGGACGGCUUGAGUGCCGUUGCUUGGGUUGAGUAG